AUGCUCUGUCUAGUCCGACUGCCAAAUGACUUUCUCCUAGAGGUCACACUUGGCCCCAGAGCUCGAGGGCAAGAAUGCCUCGAUAAAGUCUGCGAAAAGCUAAACACCAUUGAGGUGGACUUGUUUGGCCUGCAGUUCAAGAACAAGAAUGGCGACCGGUACUGGCUCAAUUUGCGGAACAUGAUUCGCCAACAAAUUCACGUUCAGCCAAUUAGACUAGUCUUCAAGUUGAAGUUCUACGUGCCACCCCACCUCAUUCAGCAGCAGAGCACGCGACACCUAUUUUACCUCAACAUUCGCGCCAGUUUGCGAGAGAAGCAGCUUAAGGUGACUGACGCUGGCAAGCAGGCCAAACUGAUAGCCCUCAUUGCACAGGCAGAGCUGGGCAACUACCGAAGUGAUUCCGUCGAUCUCAAGCAGCUCUACUCGGAGUGGAUUCUCCUCUUUGACGGUCCGUCGCCCGCGGCAUCAGCAUCGGCAAGCGAGGAGCAGCACCAGCAGCAGACAGUGAUUCGCCAGCAGUCAGUCGAAGUGCAGUCAGAAAAUGACUCCUCAAAUCAGCCAACUUCGUCUUCUAGUAAAAGUGGCGCUCGCAAGCGUCGAAAACAUCACUCUGACUCUUCUGUGGCCGGAAUCACUGCCGCAGAGAAUGAAGCUACCGAAGAAGAGGAGGUAGAAGUGAACACUGCAGUGCAGUUUGCAGCAGGGUCCACUGGCGGUCCCAGCACAAGCACCAACAUCAGCGCCUCGGCGCCUGAUCUGAUUUGUCACUCGAUUUCGGUAAUUAGCAUUGACAGUAAUCAGCAGCAGCAGUCGCCCCCACCGCCGCAGCACCUUUCAACUCCCGUCCACGCCCAGUUCUACCGGUCAAUCGUCGAGCACCACAUUCAACUGCAGGACUGUCUGCCGUCGAAUGCGGAAAACAAGCUCCUUGAAGAGAUGGUCGAUUUGGAAGACAUUGGCAUUGACUUCUUUUCCGCCUGCGACUGUGACGGCCAGGGCAAGUGCACCAUUGGCGUGGGCACACGUGGGGUGAUCAUUGGACACACUGAGGCGCCUGUCGUGGAGAAAAAGAUAACCUAUGUUGCAUUAGUGAAAGUGCGCACAUCGACUAACUUUUUCAUGAUGAAGUACAUUGAAGAGGAUGGCGAAGUGACGGAACGCAAGUUUCGCCUCUCCUCCACCAAGUCUGCCAAUGCACUGUACAGGAUAAUUACAGAGAAGCACGUCUUUUACAGCUGUGAUACGGUGCGCGAUUCAGUGACAACGCAGUGCGUCAUUGGUCUGACCGGAAUGUUCUGGUCUAUUACGCCGGCCAUUUUCAAGGAUGACCCUGAAGUGGGCAAGAACUUUGUCUUUGACAUUCGACGCACGCUGCGCCAGUUUUACGAUGACGUACAGCGGACAAUGUUCAAGCUGAGGAAUCAGCUCGAGGGAAAUCUCCACCUGCUCAUCAGCGAUGCUGCAGCAGAUGAAUGUGAGCAGAUGACCACUGAGAGUCGACCAAAGAGCAGCACCUCCUCUAAUGAUCAGGUAAUCAGUUGUGAUCUAGUGUAUUCAAAGCACUAA